AUGAGAACAUGUUUACUAAGGGAAUAUAAAUUAUUUGCUACAAGAAAUUAUUAAUAUUAAAUGGAUUGGAUCUAUCUCAUUCAUGUUAUAAUAUGUUUAUUUCUAAUUAAACAAUUCAUCUCUCUUCUAUACAUCAUAUUCAUUUAUACAAUUGGAAAGAGAUUAUUUUCUAAAAGGAAAUUAUUAAAACAAGCUGGUGAAUGGGCAAUUGUCACUGGUGCAACAGAUGGAAUUGGUAAAGUAUAUGCAGAAGAAUUAGCUAAUGAUGGUUUAAAAAUUAUGUUGAUUAGUAGAAAUGAAGAGAAACUUUUGAAUGUUGCUAAUGAGAUUGAACGUAAUUAUCAUGUAGAGACAAGAAUAGUAACAGCUGAUUUCACAAAGACUGAUGUCUAUCAAAGUAUACAAGAAGCUGUAAAUCAAUUAUCAUCAAUUGCUUGUUUAGUAAAUAAUGUUGGUAUGGCUCCGCCUAAAUUUGAUUAUUACGCAACAACCGAUUACAUGUCUAUAAAUUUUAUUAAAAACAUUGUUUUUUGUAAUACUUUACCUAUUGCUAUAAUGACCCAUAUAGUCUUACCAAAAAUGUUAAAACAACCCACAACUGAUAUGGCUAUCAUUAACAUUGGAUCAUAUUCUGGUUAUAGAGCUUUUCCAUUUUUAUCAUUAUACUCAGCAACAAAAGCAUUUGUGAAUCAAUUAUCUCGAUCCAUCUCGAAUGAGAACUAUGAUCAUCGUAUUCAUAUACAAACAGUUUGUCCAAUGUUUGUAUCAACUAAAAUGAUCAGUUAUUGUAAAUUGUCAUUAUUGAUUCCUGAUCCAAAUAUUUAUGUUCAACAUGCAUUAAAUAUGUUAGGUGUUGAAAAGGAAACAUUCGGUUAUAUUGGUCAUGCUAUUCAAGCUUAUAUAAAUAGUUUUAUACCAAAUAUAUUUCUAAAAUAUUAUAUGUUAUUAAUGAGAUGGUGGAUUAUAAAACAUAAAUUAUAUUAAAGUAAUAUCUUAUUAUGAUAAAACAUAUUUGAUUUGAAUGGAAACAUCAAUUCAGGAUUCAUCUUGUUGUGAUGAUUAAGGUGUAACAACUUGAACCAAUGCAUAUAUAUACAUGCCUGGUGCUAUGUUGUAGCUGACUGACUGAUUGACUGACUGAUUGAUUGAUACUUAUAACCUUAUGUCUUUACUAUUGCUAUUAUUAUUAUUAUUGUUACUAACAUUAUAACAUUCAAGAAAACUUCUAUUUACUUUGAUAUUCUUUCUUUUCACUUGUCAUAAUAUAAAUUUAUCUUGUAUAUGUAAAA